AUGAUACAAUCUCGUCCAUUGUUAUCAUUAGUUAAUAUAUGUGGUAUUCCUACACAUGUCUAUGAAUUACUUGGUAAUAAAACAACAAUUCAAACAGAUAAUAUUAUUAAUGUUAAACAUCGUAUUACAAAUUCAUCAUCAUCAUCAUCAUCAAUAGUAAAACCUGAUACUAUAAAUGAUACAUUAAAUAUAAGAGAAAAUGAAAUAGUUAUUAUGAUUAUACCUGGUAAUCCUGGUAUUGGAGGAUUUUAUAUACCAUUUGCUAAUCAUUUAUAUAAUUUAUGUCAAAAACAAGUAACAAUUACGAUUGUUUCACAUGCCGGUCAUGCACCAGGUACAUUAUGUUCAAAUUCCAAACAACGUUAUUGGUAUAAUUUACAAGAUCAAAUUAAUCAUAAAUUAUCAUAUAUUGAAAAUAAUAUUGGAUUAAAAACACGUUUAAUUUUAAUUGGUCAUUCAAUUGGUUCCUAUAUGAUAUUAAAUAUGUUAGAAAAAUUUCAUAAUAUUGAACAUUCAUUUUUAUUAUUUCCAACAAUUGAACGUAUGUCUCAAAGUCCAUCAGGUCAACGUUUAACAAAUUUAUUUCCAUAUUUAAGAUUUUUUAUACCAUUUCUUAUUUAUUUAUUUAAUUUUUUAUUACCGAAUUUUAUUAAAUUAAAAAUAUUAAAAUAUUAUUUUAAUCAAACACCUGAACAAGAUCGUCAAGCUAUAAUUGAUGCUACAUUAACAUUAUUUAAUUGGAAAACAUGUUAUCAAAUGUUAUCAAUGUCAAAUGAAGAAAUGUUAAUAGUUCAAAAAUGUCAACAUAAUUUAAUUGAAAAAUUUAUAUCAAAAAUAACAUUUUAUUAUGGUAAAAAUGAUCAUUGGGUACCUGAAGAGAUAUAUGAUCAAAUGAAAAUAUUAUAUCCACAUGGAGAUAUUAAAAAAUGUAUUAAUAAAUAUGAGCAUGCAUUUGUUUUAAAACAUUCAAAAGAAUUAGCAAAUUUUGUCUAUGAAAAAAUGAAAAAUAAACUCUAG